AUGGCGAAAAGCAAGACCAGCAUUUUAUCGACAACCUCUUCCACUGCUGCUGCUGCUGCUACCGCCACCGCCUCUAGCAAUGUACCAACCAGUAUUACCAUUGUCAAUGAAUCCACACCACUCAUUCCCAAGCAUGGUCAGAUCACUACCACGCCUUCUUCGUCCUCCACAGCAACCGACGCCAAAGUCCUCUCUUUGAGUCAUGAGCCAGCUACACGGAAAAAGGAGAUUGCAGGGUUGCUGCUCUUGACAAUAUCAUCGUUGGCGUUCACUCUCAGUUCACUCUUUGUCAAGGAAGCAGGAUUUACAAUAUCAUCACUGGAGAUAGUAUUCGCACGUGCUAUUAUCCAAUGUAUCCUUUCAUUGAUCAGUUGCAUUGUACUACGCAUCAAUCCUUUGGGUGAUAAACCAGGCACUCGAUUAUGGCUCUUGCUCCGGGCAUUGAUUGGAUCUCUUGGCUUGAUCUUGUUCUUUUACAGUUUGGUACAUCUUUCAUUGACCGAGGCAACAGUAUUGUUCUUUCUCGGACCAGCAUUUACCGUUGUGUUAUUAUCCAUAUUGUUCAAUGACCCGUUUACAGUAUUCGAUGGAUUUUGCUCAGUGCUAUGUGUGGUAGGAGUGGUGCUACUGUCUCAACCCCAUCAUUUGUUUGGCAAGCAAACUAUAUCAUCAUCCGAGCAAGAGGAUGACAAGAAGCGUACAAUGGCUAUUGUUUGUGCCUUGUUGGGUGCUCUCAUGUCCGCUGCUGCCUAUGUGGUCGUUCGUAAGGUGGGCAAAGGCAUCCAUUUCAUGGUGCAUGUAUUCUAUACGGGUGUCGUUGCAGCAUUGGUCAGCCCGCUUGUUCUGUUUUUCUUGUUUCAACAAACAAUUCCACCCAUUGAGAAGUACGCUACACGUGAAUGGACACAAUUGGCGUUGGUUGGUCUCCUCGCAUUCCUGGGUCAAUGUUUAUUACAUCAAGGAGUUAAGCUGGCGCCACCUGGUCCAGGGACAUUGAUGCGUAUGAACGACGUCGUGUUUGCAUUUUUCAUUGGUGCCAUCUUUUUCAAUGAGCAAUUCAACAUGUACAGCAUUAUUGGAGCAGCUCUUAUUAUGGGGAUGACUACUGCAUUGGGUGUUCAUCGAUGGCAAUUGGAUGCAGCAGCUCGAAGACUACAACAUCAUCAACGACGACAUUCAACAAGAGAGCGUACUCAUAAUCCAAGAUCAUCUCAACAUCAAGAUUCAAAAGCACUUCCUCAUUGA